GGAACCUGUGAGGCAACGGGUCUGAACGGAGCCCACAGGCAAGCCUCAAGAAAGUCGGGACCCUGUAGGAGAGGUCGCUGCGACAGCGCCACUGAGUUUUUCUCUUCCUUUUUUCUUCUUUCUACUUAUCCACACACAGCCAUCAGCCUACAAAGACAUGGCCACCAAUGCUAGCCCCUCGCACCCGUACUGGCCUCAGCACCUGAGACUGGACAACUAUGUGCCUAAUGACCUCCUAGCCUGGCAUCUACUAGGUGUCCUCUUCUCUGUCUCUGGGGUCUUAGUUGUGACCACAUGGCUGUUGUCAGGACGUGCUGCUGUCAUUCCACUGGGGACCUGGCGGCGAUUGUCCCUGUGCUGGUUUGCAGUGUGUGGGUUCAUUCACAUGGUGAUUGAGGGCUGGUUCAGCUUCUACUAUGAAGACCUUCUUGGAGACCAAGCCAUCUUGUCCCAACUCUGGAAAGAGUAUGCCAAGGGAGACAGCCGAUACAUCUUGAAUGACAACUUCACGAUAUGCAUGGAGACUAUCACAGCUUGCAUGUGGGGACCACUCAGCAUUUGGGUGGUGGUUGCCUUUCUUCGCCAGCAACCUCUCCGCUUUGUCCUACAGCUCGUGGUCUCUGUGGGUCAGAUCUACGGGGAUGUGCUCUACUUCCUGACAGAGUACCGUGAUGGAUUCAAGCAUGGAGAGCUGGGCCACCCGGUCUACUUCUGGUUUUACUUUGUCUUCAUGAAUGCCCUAUGGCUGGUGCUGCCGGGAAUCCUUGUGCUCGACUCUGUGAAGCAGCUCACCCAUGCCCAGAGCCUGCUGGAUGCCAAAGCCACAAAAGCCAAGAGCAAGAAGAACUAAUGGGUAAUGGGCUGGACUUGACCACUGGCUGAUGAUGAACUCUCCACCUGCCAGAAGAGUCCAGUCCUUGCUCCCACAGGUUGAAAGGACAAAGCGAAUUGAUCUGUCAAACUCAGUCUGGUGGGUGGGCACCAAAAGGUCCAGCAACAGGGAGGAAAGGAGCUGUGUAGAGCUACUGCCAGGAGCUAUUAGUACAGAAGUCCAAGAGAGCCUAGGAGGUCCACAUUGGUGGCAAUUUUUUACAACCAAGAAAUAAAAGGUCUUGACCCUAACACAGAGAUCUUUAUGACCCCAAAGACACCUCUAUCACUCACUCAUUCCACAGACCACUAUUAUCUCAGCCAUAGAUUUCCAUCCUCAUCACAUAGACCUUCAGUCACAUAGACCUCACAAACUCCCAUCACUAACCCCAGAAAUUCUCAUGAUGGCUGAUUAGAUUCAUGAGACAUAUACCUGCAAUCUCUUUUAAAGAGUGAUCUUCUACCCACACCCUUUGUGUUCUCUCCAGAACACACUUUCUCUCUCUUUUUUUUUUU